CCUCUCUUCUUCACUCUCUCACUCUGCCCCUCUGCCUCGCAGCCUCCCUGCAUCUCUGCCCACUGACGCGGCCACGGCCCACGCCGUUGCACUGUGCACAUCUCGCCGUCUCCCCCUCAGCCCGAGUCCCCUCCAUCUUUCCGUCGCCCCCUCAGAAACACUGACCCGCUUUCUCGCCGUUGCACCUCCCCUCACGGCCUCACCUCUCGAGCCGUUCCCGUAGCACACACAGCACCUCGGCCCCUCUCUCAACGCUGCGCUGCCCUCUCUGUCUCUCACCGUCUCACGCAGCCCUCCCAUCUCUCACGCAGCCGGCAGCCCCUCUCUCACUUCUCCCUGUCUUCGGCGGUUAAUGGAGAUCCAGAAAGAGAACCGCAACAUCCACGACCACCAACGCCGUCAGAUGGCGGCGAAAUUUGAGCUAAAGCGCAAGCUUUUCAAGGCCUUUAUAAGAGAUCCUGAUCUCCCCGCAGAGGUUCGGGAACAGCAGCAGUACAAGCUGGCCAAGUUGCCCAGAAACAGCUCCUUCACGCGCCUCAGAAACCGGUGCAUCUUCACGGGUCGCCCUCGCGGCGUGUACCAGUUCUUCCGGAUGUCCCGUAUCGUUUUCCGUGAAUUGGCCUCCCGUGGUGCUCUCAAUGGCAUUAAGAAGGCUUCUUGGUAGAGAAGAGACAGGGAAGUGGGAAGGCUUUCCUAUGUAUUGCUAUGUAGAGAACUGAUUGAAGCAUGUAACUUUGGACUUGGAUCUUCCCCUUUGCAAAAAGGGCAUAAUGAAAAACAUCACUGAACUAAAUUCCAUUUGCUUGUCCUGUUACAAAAUCACAGUGAAUAGGAAAAUGUAGAGUUUUUACCUAGUUUUAUUUGAAACAAGUGUGUGAAUUGGAACUCAAAUUGUUUGAAACCUAUACAAUUGAAUUCUUUGUAGAAUUGAUUCUUUGGUACAUGGGUCCAAUUACUUAGCAAAUUAAUGCAGAAAUCUAUGCAGAGCUAUAUUCUUAACCCUAUUCAUAUCGUAGUGAUGUGUCCUUUAUACCUUUAUCCUUAUUCUCUGUACUGAAGUGGUUCGUGCUAACUUGAUGACAUUGUAUCUUCUUCAUGAAAAACCUGGUUUUGAUGAAGCUUGUGUAACAUGGACUGAUGCUGCCUUUUGAUAGCAUUGUCUAACUUGACCAAGUAUGUCUUCGAAGUAGCUCUGACACCGAAUCUGACUCCAUAUUGGUCAGUUGGUUGUUUAGUUUAAGAUUCCCCGAGUAUCCUUAUUUUUUGUACCAAUUCUCAAAUUUAUGGGGAAGUAAUACUAAAAGGGUAAAUAUGUUUGAUGUCUGAUUCACUUGUGUGUGUUUUGCUUGAAGUGUUAAAUGUCACAUUGAGGAUUGGUCCUGAAUGACAUUGAUGGAGUUUCUCUUUAUGCUUUACACCAUUCUUUAAUUUGCCAAGUUUCCAGGCAGCCUGAAAGAAGGAAAGUGAGAUUUGAACAAAUCGUUGUGUUUGUGUUAUUUG